CUUCACUCCAUAUGGUAAAACAUUCCUUGAACCGACCGGCCAAGUCUAUUCACUUCAUUUCCUAUUGGCCGGAACCUAUCUAAUCAGUGAAAGUGUACGUGCGUCUCUCCACCUUUGAUAGCGAGGUGUGGAGGGGCUCUCCAGUCUGGAACCAGUCAUGCCGUUCUGGGCAAAAAUGUCCCUCGCAUAUACCAUAUCCAUGUACUCUAGAUAUAAUUCAUGGCCGGCCCGGAUAUUUGCCGUUUCUCCGCAUCUCGGUGCAUUUCAAGCUAUAUCAGCUAUGCUUGCCUCGAGCAGCAUACCGGGAUCAUGUAUCAUGUCAUAUCCCAUUGAUUGACCGGUCGGGUAUCGAGUCAAUCGUUUUCCAACAAUGGCCUCAACAACACGAGUCGUCAUCAUUGGAGCAGGUAUUGUGGGCACCAACCUGGCUGACGAGCUGGUCUCACGAGGAUGGAAGGACAUUACCGUCAUCGAGCAGGGCCCCCUGCACAUGCCAGGCGGAUCUACGUCGCAUGCGCCCGGUCUCGUCUUCCAAACAGUGGGGACAAAGACCAUGACCCAUCUUGCACGCUACACCGUCGAAAAGCUACUGUCGUUGGAAAAGGAUGGACAGAGCUGCUUCAACCAAGUGGGAGGCCUUGAGGUGGCGACUACACCUGAACGCCUUCAUGACCUCAAACGCAAGCACGGCUUGGCCUCUUCGUGGGGUGUAGAGGCGCACCUCGUAAGCGGGGAGGAGUGCGUCAAGAUAUACCCACACCUCAAUAAGGAUUUGGUACUGGGGGGUCUACACAUCCCGAGCGACGGUUUAGCACUAGCAGCGCGCGCAACGCAACUCCUCAUUGAACGCACUCGCAAGGCUGGCGUUCGUUACAUGGGCUUAACUCCCGUCACCGGCAUUGAGAGAACCGAGAAUCGUGUCACAGGCGUGGCUACACCGCGCGGCACCGUUUCUGCCGACAUUGUCAUAUCUUGCGCCGGUUUCUGGGGUGUCGAGUUGGGAGCCAUGGUCGGCGUCCCGAUCCCUUUACUUCCGCUCGCACAUCAAUACGCCAAAACUACUGCCUUGCCUGCUCUCGCUGGACGGGAGGCCAACACCCUGAUAAAUGGGAUGAAUGCGGAGCUUCCAAUACUGCGGUAUCAAGACCAGGAUCUCUACUACCGCGAACACGGCGAUCAGUAUGGUAUCGGCUAUUACGGACACCGGCCAAUGCCUGUCGUUGCAGCUUCAUUGGAUCUCACCCCGAAGCAUGUGGACGAGCAUAACAUGCCGUCACGUCUGGACUUCACUCGCGAGGACUUUGACCCGGCCUGGAAGGCCUCCCAAGAGCUCUUACCCAUUCUACAAGGUAGCCAGCUUGCCGAUGGUUUCAACGGCAUAUUUUCAUUCACCCCAGAUGGUGGUCCCCUCGUUGGACAGGCACCCAAUCUCGACGGCUUCUACGUUGCGGAAGCAGUAUGGGUCACUCAUUCGGCCGGUGUAGCACGAGCAAUGGCAGAGCUGCUCACCACAGGCCAAUCCACGAUUGACAUGUCCGAGUGCGAACUAUCCCGUUUCGAAGAAGUCCAACUGAGCCGGUCCUACGUAAACGAGACAUCGCAGCAGAACUUCGUCGAGAUCUACGAUAUCCUCCAUCCGAUGCAACCAAAGGAAUCGCCGCGACAGCUACGAACCAGCCCGUUUUACGCUCAGCAAAAGCAGCUAGAAGCUUACUUUUUGGAACUCGGAGGCUGGGAGCGCCCAUUCUGGUACGAAUCCAACGCACCCCUCAUCCGGUCUCUUCCGCCCGAGUGGAAGCCUGUUCCCCGUGACACGUGGUCCGCACGAUACUACUCGCCCAUUGCAGCAGUCGAGGCGUGGAAAACACGGAACGCUGUGGCUAUGUACGACAUGACCUCCUUCCACCGGUUCGAGGUGUCCGGACCAGGCGCAGUCCGUCUCCUUCAACGCCUGACUACAGCCGACGUCGCCGCGAAGCCAGGCAGCACCAUCUACACUCUUCUCCUAAACAACCACGGCCGCAUCCUCAGCGAUAUCUUCGUCACACGUCUCGAGGACAAUCUCUACCAAAUCGGCGCAAACACAGCCAACGACCUCGCCUACCUCUCUCGAGAAGCCCGCUACCAAGCCCAACAAACCCCCGCCCAUUGGGUUCGAGUCCGAGACAUAACCGGCAGCACUUGCUGCAUCGGACUAUGGGGACCGCGCGCACACGACGUAAUCCGCCCACUCAGCACAGACGAUUUCUCCCACACCGGCCUCCCCUACAUGAGCGCCAAAAAGGCAACAAUCAACAGCAUCCCGGUGACCGUCUUCCGAAAAUCAUACGUCGGUGAGUACGGCUGGGAAAUUCAGACGACCGCAGAGUACGGUCACCGGCUUUGGGACUCCAUCUGGAAGGCUGGAAAACCGCACGGCCUCGUCGCUGCUGGUCGGAGCGCCUUCAACUCCCUUCGGCUGGAGAAGGGAUACCGCGUUUAUGGCGCCGAUAUGAGCACAGAGCAUAAUCCUUUCGAAGCCGGUGUUGGGUUUGCUGUUGAUGUGGGAAAGAAAGAUGACUUUGUUGGAAAGGCUGCGCUGGCGCGUCUGGCGAAGAAAACGCCUGAGAGGCGGCUGCGCUGUUUGACUGUGGAUGAUGGCCUGUCUGUUGUUCUGGGUAAGGAGCCUGUCUAUUAUAAGGGCAGGACUGUGGGGUAUGUUACUACUGCUGCGUUUGGAUACACGGUUCGUCGGCCUGUUGCCUAUGCCUGGUUACCUAGUGGAGUGGGUGAGGGUGAGGGCGUUGAGAUUGAGUACUUUGGGAGGAGGAUUAAGGCUACUGUGUCUGCGGAGCCUUUGUAUGAUCCGCAGAUGAGCCGUUUGCUUGAGUGUCCAUCGUCUCCGAUGUCUGCAACCCAGACAUCGGUCAAAUCCCGUCUAUAGGGGCUGGGUUGUGAUGAGGAGCAGCGACAUGGUUUUGGAUAUCAAGGGUGGAGUUUGUGCUCCACGGUAUCUUUUAAUCGUGAAUGUCUUGUUCUGGAUGAAUUGAUGAUAUUGAUUUAUGAAUAAUGUUAAGUAAUUUUUGUCUCUGCAAGUUGUGUAAUGCGAGUUGACAGCCGUGGUACAUGUAGG